GAUAAUUUAAGUAAAGACAAUCUUGCAAAAUGCCUAUCCCCAAGAAAACACAACGUAUGGUUCUUGCCGGAGCCGUAACGGCAAUCACCAUUGCGGGGUCCCUCUACGGAGCCGGGCUCAAGACCAACCAAGAGGUAGCCCAGACAGCCCAGAAAAGCCGCGAAAUAACCAUAGACGAACGGAUUGCGGAUCUUCGGCAAACACGCCAGAACUUGAUGUCGAAGAAGGAGCUCGUUGAAAAACAAGUUCGGGACUUGGACAUGCGGAUCGAAGACAGAAAGCAAAAGAGCAUUGGCGGGCAAUCAAAGUAGAGGGAUGCCGGCUGCAUGAUGGUUGACAUACAGAUUUGAGUAACGGAGGUUAGUUACCGUCCUUGCUCGUGGAGACAUAAGCUAAGUCGACACUAGACCA